UGCAAAUUUAUAUGUAAAAAGAGGUUGGUAUACUUAACAUCGCCCUUCUCUGUUGUCUGUCUUCUUCUCUUACUAUCUUGGCUCUUGCUUGUAUGAUCUGCUUCACCCACUAAACAUAGCAGCUGGAUCGAGCAUAUUCGACACGGCACCGAAGGAGGAACUUGCUGCAGAUAGCCUGUGGAUGCCGUGGAAUGGACGUCAACGGAAGAUUGAUGUAACCCUGCAGACCAGGAGUUCGUCAGUGCAGGCAUCAGCCGCCCCAGGAUGUAGUGGAAGGGCGCCGCUUGUCGGGACGGCUGUAGAUCCAGCGAGGGACCAGGAACUCCUCAGUGCAAGUUCCAGUCGCCCCAGGAUGCUGUGGAAGGGCGUCGCUCGAUAUCCACUCAGACUCCAGGAGCUCGUCAGCGUAGGUAUCAGCUGCCCCAAAAUGCCGGAAAGGGCGCCACUUGGCCGGACGCCCGUAAAUGCAGACGGAGGCUACGAGGACGUCUAGUCACGCACGCAGCCGAGAAGGACGUGGGCGAGAUCUGCGAGGACGUGUGGACGAAAACGCCGCCGAGUUAGACCUGGAUGAGGACUACGAGGAAGUUUGAACGAAUCCGAAGUCGAUGAGGACCUGUGAGAGACCUUCGACGACGUGUGGACGUUGAGGACGGAUGGAUUCACCAAGGUUCAAGAAGAAGAGGCCGACAAAGACGAGGAAGACAAAGAUGCAUGCUGCGGAGACCAGCGUCGACCGAACCGGGGUCCCAACGGUUGAGGCCGUGUGGACGUCGAGGAUUUCAACCGAGCGCGCGGGGCUGGCGAAGGUGGUCAGUCAUGAGGAGGGGAAUCUUAUCAACGACUCCUGGGCGAGGCAAAGUGAUCUUAGCCGAUGCGUGGACGAUAACGCCCUCGGCACCCAGCGAAAGGAAGGAGAGCGAAUGACGUCACGGCGAAAGGCGGCCAACGAAGGCAGGAAAGAGAGGUCGUUUAGGUCGAAGAGAGUUUGAUAAAUGAAGCGGUUAUCGGACAUGUCAACACAGCAACGGUCUGGCGCUGUUACGAGGCCGUGCAAAGUACCGGGGUCUUUGCCCUAGUAACAUCUCGAGGGAACGAAAAUAAAUUGCAGAAAAAAGAAAAGAAAAAAAGGAAAUCGGGGAAAAACGUCGGAUGAAUUGCUAAAUGUUUCAUACUGUUAAUAAAUAUGAGAAAGGUUAUCAAAGUCCCUCGGAAGGUAAACAAACAGACAUCUCUUGUUUACGCCAAAGAGACCAACUGCAUUUCAUCUUUAAUAAUCUCAUGGCAUCAAAUUAACGAUUUUUUCAUCAUUUAUAUACCGUUUUUUUCUGAGUCGGUAAAUUAGAUUAUGAAAAUUAAGCGCUUGAUUUAUAACAAUAACGACUAAGAUAAUUAUCGGGUGAUAUUUAUACAUCAUUACAUGCGACUUUACGAGCUGUUCAAUAGACAGUUUCAUAUAAAUAUUUUCGUGUUAACCACGAAACUUGAAAAUAAGUUAAAACACUUUUCUUGUAUACGCGAAAUGGCAGAAUAAAGUCUGGAUUUAUUGCGUGAUAUCAGAUUAAUGGUCUUCAGUCCAUAAAAUCGUUCAUAUUAACCCAUAUUUUUGUUUACAUUUAGUUUAAGACUUAAGCGUUAAUAAAACUUGAUAGUUAGUAGAUCAAACCAGUGCUAUGAACUAGAAAUAAAGAACAGAACUGCAUAGAGCAUCUCCCCCAAGAGAUAGUGUGUGCAGUUAACAUUAAUUGGCGACCUAUAUCUGCACAGACUGUUUAUAAACAUAAGGUUUUGUUUGCUUUCCAGAUAGUGCAUUCAUUAUGGAGUAAUUGAUAAAAAAAUAAUAUCGCUUUGCCAAUAUCUACGUAAACAGCCGUACCCUCAAUAUUUUACAAAAAAAAUUGCAUUGAGCAAAAACAAAAAAAGAAAGAAA